UUUUUAGGAGCUGGUUAUCAUGGGUGCACCUGGUUCUUACUACUGGACCGGAACGGUCAAAGUGUUUAACAUGACAUCUAAUACUCUCUACAACCUAAAUCAAGACAACCUGAGUCCUCACAGAUACAGUUACCUCGGGUAUGCUGUGACUGCUGGUCACUUCUCCUCCCCGAAUACCAUAGACGUGGCGGCGGGUGCUCCUCAAGACAGUGGUGGUGGAAAAGUUUACAUGUUCAGAAUCGAAGGAACGUCUCUUGUGAAGACCUUUGAAGCCUCAGGGAAAAUGAUGGGCUCUUACUUUGGCUCCUCAUUGUGUGCAGUUGACCUUAAUGCGGAUGGACUGUCGGACUUGCUGGUGGGAGCACCCAUGCACAGCGAGAUCCGGGAUGAAGGCCAGGUUUCUGUUUACCUCAGCAGUGGUAAUGGAGUGAUGGAGGAAGUUGCAAUAUUGAACGGUGACAAUGCAUACAAUGCUCAUUUUGGAGAGUGUAUCACAUCUCUUGGGGACAUUGAUGACGAUGGCUACCAAGGUCAGUGUACGAAAUUUGUUUGCGCUCAAAAUGAUUGCACAUCAGAGCAAAGCAUGAGCUUCCAAUACUAA